CAAACUUAUAUACCGCACCUUUUUUGCACGUGACAUGCCUUUCAUGUUGUCGUAUUUUCUCCUUCCUCCCACUGUCUCCGGUUGCAAGUUUCGCAGUGAGAUGAUUUCCCGCGCAUGUAUGUGAUGCUGCGGCACUGCUGAAGUGUACUCACCGAGGGAAUUUUACAUCCGCGAUACCGCAUUGCAACCGGCAGAUUGCCCGACGGAAAGCAGCCUGGUCUGAAGUAAAUAUGGCGUCGGAUCAUUCGGGAGAUGGCUCAGGGGACGACGACGAUUACAUGAACAUGACGUUCGAAGAAAAGCAGCCUUCGAGAAAGGCCGAGACACUCACGCAGCGGAAGAAACGACUCGCCCGGGAGGCAGAGAUUAAAGGACGGCCGAAAUCGAAGACAGAGCUAGCGGAAGAAGAGCGCAAGAAUACAGAAGCAGCAUUGAAGACCACAACACUCGACACCAAAAACAAAGGGUUCAAGAUGAUGGCCGCACUUGGGUAUAAACCAGGAAGCGCAUUGGGAGUUUCCAGGUCGGACGCAAGCGAAGCCAAGGACGACCGACUUCUCGAACCUAUAGGUCUCGAAAUGAAAGAUUCGCGGAGUGGCAUUGGUGCGGAUGCAGAGAAGAAACGCAAGUUUCGUGAAGAGAUGGAGGCGCAGGCGGACGUGGAGAAGAAACAAAAAGUCGAGGCGGGCGACUUCAGGGAACGACAGCAGAAGGAGCGGGAAGAAAAGAAAAUCGAAGGACAAGUAUGGGGUGCGAUGAAAGUCUGCGAACGGCUUGAAGAGGAGGAAGAAGAGGCCGAGCGUUCUACGGACAAUGAUGCGGAUCCUGCGAGGCGAAAGUCGACGAAGCCACUCAAAGGCGUCAAUGUUCUCUGGCGAGGUCUUGUCAAGCAGAGAGCCAUCAAUGAUCGAGACCGGAGGAUGAGGUACGACUUGCAGCAAUCACAGGUACGGAGUCUGGAGUAUGAUAAUCCUGACGAGGAUAAAGAGGAUAAGAUGGCGCUUGGGAAGAAGGCAGAAACAGAAGAAGUUGAUAUCGACCUUGACGAGGACGACGAAGAACUCGAUGAGUUCCAGACGUUGGAAGUGCCUGAGAAAUUGGCCAAGCUGGUAGCAUAUCUUCGAAAGAGAUGGCACUACUGCUUUUGGUGCAAGUCCAAGUAUCCGGACAAGGAGAUGGAAGGGUGUCCGGGCUUGACUGAAGAAGAACACGACUAAGGGCAUGAUCGAACCCAGAUAUGAGAAACAUGGCAGUAAGCCUACCUCGUCGUUCACUGAAGUUUAAUUCGAUCGAAGUGACCUAGUAUGGAAGUCGCGUGUGCCAUCGC